GUAUGCUUCAGUCUGGAGGCGGUAUGCUCUGGGCGAAGACCAACAGGUGUAGGAAAAGGGUUGUGUGCGUCUUCCGACGUUGACAGCCCCUCUCCGUUUCCCUAGAUUUGCUGGGGCGAAUCUUUCUUUGCGGAUUUCGAGAAGGAAGGGGGCCGCCGGCUACGCGGUCAAGUGGCUGACACCGGGUCGGCUUCCUGGGCCGCCACCGCUUAGACCAGCGAGGGGCCGGGCUCGAUUGGCAGUUUAGAAAAAGAGGUAUAUUACAUAUAAAAGUGGAUAUUUUCCAUGAUAAGUGAAAAUGGCCAAUCCUUUAAGAGGAGAAGUAUUGAAUCUUUAUAAGAAUCUGCUGUAUCUUGGACGAGACUAUCCAAAAGGAGCAGACUAUUUCAAAAGGCGUCUGAAGAAUGUUUUCCUUAAAAACAAAGAUGUGAAGGACCCAGAGAAGAUCAAAGAACUUAUUGAAAGGGGCAAAUUUGUAAUGAAAGAACUAGAAGCAUUAUACUUCCUUAGGAAAUACAGAGCUAUGAAACAACGCUAUUACUCAGAUACCAACAAAACUAAAUGAUCAGUAUUACUAUCAUUUGACUGAAGAUCAGUGCCAGCUGUUUAUGUACCAGCUAUGACAAAAAUAACUUUAAAGUGUCAAGAUAUACACUGUGUUAAAAAUACCUGAGCUGCCUUACUGAACUAAAACAGGUUUCAACUUCUAUUGCUUUAUCAGCAACCUUUAUGCUCAAUUUUUAUAUAACAAUUAACUGUUAAAUGUCAAUUUUAUAGUAAUUUAGCUAUAUAAUAUUGCCAACUACUUAUUAAAAAUUGAUGAGCACCCAAUUUCGAAUGAAAACAUAAUGUACUUAAGUUUUAGUGAAAAAUUUGCCAAUUAUUCUUAGCUCAUUUCUGCAUUUUACUGAAAAGAGAAUGCCAUUUAACACUUAAGCAGAAUAAUUUCUUGCAAGUUUAUUUCCCUUAACUUUUAAAGGAGCUCAUUUUUGACCCCAUGUGAAACGCCAAGAGCACAUAUCCAGUGUUCGCUGUGAAAGAAGCAGCGUCUGGUAAUGGUCUAAGUGCAGUUAGUAGAAAUAAUAUGUGUAGAGUUAAGAACUUGAAACAGCCUACCAGUGACUGGCAUUACAUAAUAUGCCUAUUUAAUUAUUUCCGGUAUUAAUUUUGCAAUUGGAUGCCUUUGGGCCUUAAAACAAAUCACCUGUUGUAUAUCAAUACCUUCUUCAAUAAAAAGUAAUGAUUUA